AUGUCAGGCCAAAAAUUAUUGUUCAUUGCCCUGCUAAGCCUGAUGAUGACAGCGGCCUGGACUUUCCCCAGUCAGUCCUUAAAUGUGACGAACACAUCGUCGGCGAGAAAGCAGCUCAUCAAGGAUUUUGUGGCUAAAGUUCAGGAAUUGAUAAAGAUAUUAAUGCAGAAUUUGUUGAAACUUCCGGUCACGAGAUAG